GCAUACACAUUUCAAAUAACACUUUGCCCCCCCAAAGAUUAUUUUCUCGCUCAGUCCCUGGCUGCAGCUAUGCAUGAUUGCGUGGAAGAAUUGAAGGACUCUGUUUAUGAGCUCCAUAGGUCUAUUAGUGAAAUGGGUGAGACUGGAGGCAAAGAUUUUAGCCUGAGAAUGAGUGACAUAGAGAUAUGGCUUAGUGCAGCCUUGACUGAUGAUGACACUCGCAUGGACGGCUUCUCAGGGGAUGCCAUGAAUGGGAAUGUCAAGACCGCUGUGAGGAGUCAGGUUCUGAAUGUUGCACACUUGACGAGCAAUGCCUUGUGGCUCUUGUUAAUAGUUAUGCAUCUACCCAUAAUUAACCUGCAGGUCUUAACUUAUCUUAAAGCUAGCAGGCGAGUUCUUGUUAUGAAUCAGUUUUCUUUUAGGUUUUUGGACUGAUAAUCCUUUCCCAAAGCUAUACAUAUGGGGUGCUGCAAACAAUAAAUUAGCGAUGGCAACUUUGUACAAAUAGCAUGGUUUGUUAAUUUGGGGUUCUUCGUGUGUUGGGGGGUAGUGGGGUUGAAUGAUUUUGAUUUUGAUUAUUUAAAUCCUGUCAAGAUGUAAAUUAUGUGUUUCAUGAUAUAAUAAUAAGAUUAUUGAUUC